AUGAAGAGACCGUUCAGUCCUGCUAUCAUUAUCGCACUUGCUGCACUAGCUGCGACGCCUUCUGCCGCUCAAGACUCGAGUUCAGCAACUUGCACGGCCGAGUCCCUCACGACGGCAAGGAACGCGUGCGACUCGCUCCCUGGCGUCUCCCAGCUCAAGUGCAAUAACAAGACGUGUCAUGAAGCUCUGCACGUGCUUACCGAAGACGACACGCGUGAGUGCUACGCUACCCUUGACUUGGGCCCGAUAACGGACCUCGACUCGUACGUUCUACUUGACGAAUUCUGCCACGGAGACGGUGCAGAUCCGGCCGACCAGACCGUUAAAGCUGGUCCGACCAAUGGCACGACCUCGCCCUCGUCAGGAGCUCAUGGGACUUUGAUAGGUGACGACGUGGGCCAUCAUGACCACGACGACGACCAUCAAGAUUUAAGUUAUGAUCAUGCAGAAGCUGCUGCAUCUGAACCGACAAGUGCAUCCUCGAGUGCUGAUCACUCUAUCACUUCUGGCUUCCUGGUUGUGUUGCAGUUGGUAGUACUACUGGCUGCCGUGCCAGUGGUUUGGUAG